AUGGCCACCCUGGCCUCGUCUCCUCCUACAUCACCGUCAUGGCCGAAACGACGUUCUAGAGCUUGGGCACUACGCUGUGAGCGAUACUGCUGUGCGAUAGCGGGCUGUUUUCCGCUCGCAUUUGUCUAUGGCCUCACAACUUGGGCAGUUUGGGUGGAAGCUAGUCUUGGAGUCAAAGGGUCAGAGAAUAGUAUACCCAGCACAUUCCUUAGUCUGCUCUUAUACAUCGCUCUUAACGCUUCGUAUACCUAUGCCGUGUUCACCGAUCCCGGAUCUCCAUUAACGACGCGCCGAGGAAAUGAUCGCCACAAUUACAGUGCCCUGCCUGUAUCGGAAUACCCGGAGUUCACAACAUACACCGUGAGUUCAUCGGGGGGCUCACGAUUCUGCAAGAAAUGCCAAUGUCCCAAGCCGGACCGUGCUCAUCACUGCUCAACAUGUAAACGCUGCGUGCUAAAGAUGGAUCACCACUGCCCCUGGCUGGCAACCUGCGUGGGAUUGUACAACUACAAAGCCUUCCUUCUAUUUUUGAUCUACACAUCUCUCUUCUGUUGGGUCUGCUUCGCUGUCGCCGGUACAUGGACGUGGCAGGAGGUAUUAAAUGACACCGUCUACAUGGACAAUUUCCUUCCCAUCAACGUGGUCCUCCUCACAAUACUUGGUGGAAUCAUUGGGCUAGUCCUAAGUGGAUUUACAGCAUGGCAUAUCAGUCUUGCUGUCCGCGGGACAACAACCAUCGAAUGUCUAGAGAAAACGCGAUAUGUCUCUCCACUGCGCAAAGCAUUAUCCCGGCCGCGCCCCGGCAACAACCAAUCCGGCGGAGCCAACGAACACAAUGGCGAUCCCUCCCAGGAAAGCUUCGCUCACCGACUACAAGGAUACGGAAACCAGAUCAUCGAUGCGCAUGCCAAUGCGAUUCCCGGCGUGACCCGCGCUGAAGAAGGCGAGGAACGACUCUCUCCAGCGCCGUACGGCCCAGGCCAAGGCCCAGGGUUCCACAGUUCCACUCAAAACUCUCAUUCCAACACAAACAACCUUACACCAGCACAGCAAGCGCUUUCUCGCUCAUACGCGGAGAUGGAGCGCCAGCGCGAACACGAUAGGUACCAAGAGUAUCUCAACGAGGAAGAUAGUGAAAAAACACCCAGCGCAUUCGAUCAUGGUUGGCGCGGGAACCUCGCCCACCUAUUUGGUGAUCGCCCACUUCUCUGGUUCAUUCCCGUCUGCACUACAACCGGCGACGGAUGGCGCUGGGAACCAAGCCAGCGAUUCCUCGAAGCACGUGAACGUCUUCGUGUCAACCGCGAACAAGAAACUUACAACGAGCAACAAUAUUACAGAGAUCUGUACCAGCGGAACAUGGACAAUAGUCACGCCUGGACUGGUGGAGCUGGACCUCCUGCUGGCACUGGUAGUUCACCAGCACCGACACAGCCCAAUUGGAUCGCUAGUCGUGGAAGACAAGAUGCGCCCGAGCGUCCACCGACUAGUGUCUCUAUGCAGACGCUUGCACCUGCGUCCCCACGGCCUAGACCUGGUGAUAGCGAUUUUGAGGAUGAGCUUGAUACCGAGGGGAAUGGAUUAUUGGAUCCAGAAGCAGCUAGCCGUCCGGCCCGGACACGGGAGAGGGAUGAGUGGCGAGAUUGGGAAUAA